AUGACAUCUUCGGACAAGUAUAUUGGCACUCACAAUGGUAAAUUCCAUUGUGACGAGGUGUUUGGCUGUUGGAUGUUACAGCAGUUACCUCAGUUCAAGGAUCACAUUAUCCUUAGGUAAUUUAAUUUUGUUUUCUUGUGUUUAUGAGUAGUUUACUCUGUCUUGGACAUUGUAAUGAGUUUUUAUAUUUGUUUUAUGGUUUAUUGAUUUGUUUUAGGACUAGAGAUCCUGAGGUUUUGAGCACGUGCGAUAUUGUACUUGAUGUUGGAGGAGUGUUUGAUCAUAAGGCGAAGAGGUACGAUCACCAUCAACGGUAAGCUUGUUUUUAUUGUUCGUUCUAGGUUUAGGUACAUAUUGGCAUUUAAAUGUUGAAUUUUUGAAGGAAUUAAUCUUAAGAUAAAGUACUGCUUGAACUUAAAUUUACUUAAUUAUGUAUACUUUUUAGUGAAUUCUGUGAAACAAUGGCUACGUUGUCUUGUACGAUUGAAGAUGGAAAGAUGGUGACGAGGAAGACUUUACAAUAUAACACUAAAUUGAGUUCAGCCGGAUUGAUCUACGCUUUUUAUGGUAAGGAAGUCAUUAAGGCGAUUUUGAAUGAUGAAAAGGUGGAUGAUGAGACUGUUGACUUUUACUACGAUCGUCUAUACAAACAUUUUGUGGAAUCUGUUGAUGCUAUUGACAAUGGCAUUAAGAGUCACGAUGAGCCUUCAAAGUAUGUUUUUAAGUAAUAAUUGAGCUUUAGAAUGUAACGUAUAUUUAAUGUUGUAAAAUGCUUUGUCUUUUAUUAUCUUUUUAAAUAAUUUGAAUUUAACUAAAAGAUGCGAAAUUUUAGGUACAUUAUUCCGGUGUCACUCGAAGGUCUUGUAGAAGAUCUGAACCCUCCAUGGAAUGAAGAUGAGUCUCCUGAUGUGAAGUUUGAGGAAGCCAUGAAGGUUGUGGGUACAAUUUUCAGGGACAAAGUACUAUACAUUCACAAAAGUUGGAUGCCAGCUAGAAAAAUCGUGGAAGAUGCUGUUAACAGUCGAUUUGAUGUAAGGCUACUACAAUAUUUUUUAAUUUUAUGUUUAAAAUGAGUAUACAUUGUUUAAAACUGGUAAUUUGUUACAUAGUUACAUUACAAAUUUGGUUCAAAAUUGGUUUCUAUUGCAAAAAUAUAACUGACAUUGUCUUAGGUUCACGAGAGUGGUCGAGUGAUAGUCCUAGAACAAUGUUGUCCAUGGAAACAGCAUUUCUUCAUGAUAGAGGAAGAACAAUCGAUUGGAGGCAAAAUUGUAUACGCCAUAUAUCCAGGAGAUAAGGAUGGUAAUUCAUGGAGAAUCCAAUCAGUUCCAGUGUCAGAGAACACAGAAUUUGACAACAGAUGGCCAUUACCUCAAGACUGGAGAGGUGUGAGAGACAAUGCGUUGGCAGAGAAGAUUGGAAUUAAGACGGCGAGCUUUGUUCAUGCUACUGGUUUUAUUGGAGGUGCCAAAACGAAGGAAGCUGCUAUUCUUAUGGCUGAUAAGGCUUUCAAAAUGCCUAGGCUGCCUUGA